AUGGUGUGUCCGGGUUCCAUUCCUUGGGUUUUGGUGACACUACUGAUUAUUUCUGGAUUAAGCUAUGGAUCUGAAUCUAUUGAGAAAAACAGACCGAAACGGACCCUCCAUCAGGAACAACCUCGCAUGUCAUCUGAAAGUGGCAAUUUAAUUUUCCAUACUGGGUCUGCCAAAAAUAUUGAAUUCAGAACUGGAUCGCAGGGCAGAAUAAGAAUUAAUGAAGAAGACCUUGCUGAGACCUUUAGCCAGAUCAGAAAGAAUAAAGAUGAGAUUCUUGAAUUAAAAAGAGUCACCAACAUCCCUCAAAAUGUUUCCAGUCAGAUCACCUAUCUUCAUUCCAAGAUUGUGAAUAUUGAAGGCAGACUUCAAAACCUUGAACAGAGCUUCCUGAGAAAAGCCUGUAGUAGCAAUCCUUGUCAGAAUUCUGGUACCUGCAUCAAUUUGUUGGAUGCUUUCUUUUGUCUCUGCCCUAACAACUGGCAGGGACCAUUCUGUUCUGCCGAUGUAAAUGAAUGCCAGAUUUAUUCUGGGACACCUCUGGGUUGCCAGAAUGGAGCUACAUGUGUAAACAACCCAGGCAGUUACAGCUGCACCUGUUUGCCAGAAACGUAUGGAUCCCAAUGCGCAUCAAAAUUUGACGACUGCCAGCAGGGAUCUACAGCUCUGUGUGGGCAUGGCCGUUGUAUGGAUGAAAUCAGAGAGCAACAUAAUCAGCCAAAGUACAGCUGUAUUUGUGAUGCUGGCUGGAAGUCUGCACCUGAGAAUCCUGCCUGCAGUGUCGACAUUGAUGAAUGUAGCCUCCCUACGCCUCCAUGCUCACUGAAUCCUCCUGUACAGUGCCAGAAUACCCCAGGAUCUUAUUUCUGUGGUCCUUGUCCAGCUGGCUGGCAAGGAAAUGGCUACAGCUGCCAAGAUAUUGAUGAAUGUGUGGCUGAUAAUGGAGGCUGUUCAACCACCCCCUUGGUUCAGUGUAUCAACACAAUGGGGUCCUUCUAUUGCAGUCACUGUCCACCAGGUUACCAAGGUGAUGGGAAAGUGUGCACCCAGGCUGAUAUCUGCUCAGUAAACAAUGGAGGUUGUCAUCCACUUGCUGCCUGUACCAGUAGAUCAGGCCCUAUUCCUAACUGUGUCUGCCCAGCUGGAUACACUGGGAGUGGCUAUGGCUCAAAUGGAUGUGUCGCUUUCAGCCAUAUCUGCCAAAAUCAAAACCCUUGUCUAAAUGGACAAUGCCUUGAUACACUCUCUGGCUACCACUGUUUGUGUAAUCCUGGCUGGAAUGGUGCCAACUGUACAGAAAAUAUUAAUGAAUGUUCCAGCAAUCCUUGUCAACAUGGCGGAAGCUGCACCGAUGGGGUGAACAAAUACUCUUGUGAAUGUACAAACACUUGGACUGGACCUGAAUGUCAGAGGCCUCAACAAGUGUGUGGAGGUUUUCUUUCCAACCCCUCAGGCUCAUUCAGCUACCCAAACAAUCCAGGCAAUGAGACAUAUGAUCAUCAGGUCAGCUGUGCUUGGGUCAUUCGGACUACUUCUGACAAGAUCCUGCGUAUCACUUUUCCAUUCUUCCAACUGGAGCAAAGUAGCGGCUGUACGUCUGACUAUCUCCAGAUACACGAUGGAGAGGCAUCGUCAGCCCAAAUGCUGGGAAAAUAUUGUGGGUCAUCUCACCCGGAUGAACUGUUCAGCAGUCAUAAUUCUUUGUACAUCUGGUUUCGCUCUGACCGCUCGGUUAGCUCAGGAGGGUUUACAAUUCAUUGGGAAUCUCGGCAACCAGAGUGUGGUGGUGAACUAACAAAUACUUACGGCUCAAUUAACUCGCCCGGCUACCCAGGGAAUUAUCCUCUCAACAGGAAUUGUUAUUGGUAUAUCUCAACCAGGCCUGGCCUUCUUAUCACUUUUGCUUUUGGAACACUGAGGAUUGAGCACCAUGUUAAUUGCAGCCAAGACUACUUGGAGAUUCGAGAUGGCCUCCUCCCCCAAGAUCCCCUCCUUGGAAAAUACUGCAGUGCUUGGUCACCCCCUCCUCUUCAAACCACUGGUCCAUAUGCCUGGGUUCACUUUCAUUCCAAUGCGGCCAACACUGACAGAGGCUUCCAUGUCACGUACACUACAUCCCCUGCGGAUCCCAAUUGUGGAGGAAAUUACACAGACAGCAUGGGGGUCAUUGUGUCUCCUUACUGGCCUAAUUCUUACCUCAGCAACAGGCAGUGCAUCUACAUUAUCCGACAGCCAGCCCAUGAAAAAAUCUCUCUCAACUUCACACACCUGGAACUGGAAAGUCAUCCAGGCUGCUCCUGGAACUUCAUAGAGAUCCGGGAUGGUGACACGGAAACAUCUCCCUUGAUCAACAAGUUGUGUAGAAAUGUGUUGCCCUCCCCUGUUACUUCCAAUAGUAACAACCUCUGGAUCAAGUUUAAGUCAGACACAUCUGUACAAAGGUCCAGCUUCAGGGCUGUUUAUGAAGUCGCUUGUGGGGGUCCCUUGUCUGGUGAAGGUGUCCUCAGAUCUCCCUAUUAUCCCAGGGCAAUCUCUCAUGACAAGAUCUGUGAGUGGGUCAUCUCUCAGCCCGAAGGCAAUGUCAUCAUUCUUAAUUUCACUGACUUUCAGAUUUAUAAUAUCACAACCUGUGACUCAGAUUAUGUUCAGAUCAGAGAUGGAAACAAUGUGAAUUCUCCUUCUUUGGGGAAAUACUGUGGUGUCACUGCACCAUCAAUCAUUCAGUCUACUCAGAACUACCUCUACGUAAAAUUCCGAGCUUCCUCUGUUACCAACCUUGGCUUCAUGGCUGAAUACAAGCCUUUGGAUGCAGCAUGUGGAGGGACUUUCACAGAACCCGAUGGAACCAUCUCAAGUCCUGGAUAUCCAGUCACCUACCCACAUGGAGUGAAAUGUAGAUGGACCGUCUUAGUCCAGCCUGGUUAUUUGAUCCGUCUGACCAUCGUGUCUUUUUACUUGUUGGAAUUUGAUUACAAUUGCAACAGAGAUUACCUUGAAAUUUAUGACAACAGCACCAUGACAAAGCUUGGCAGGUACUGUGGGAGGUCAAUUCCACCAUCUGUUACCAGUAGCGGCAACACUUUGAUGUUGUAUUUUGUAACAAAUCGCAACACAGCCUCAGAGGGAUUUUCGCUCAACUAUGCUUCGCUGAAUGCUUCUGGAGUAUGUUCACAUGACUACACAGAAGCUACCGGUGUGAUAUCAUCUCCAAAUUACCCUAACCACUACCCAAACAGAAUGACGUGCAUAUACAGGAUCACUGUGAGGAACAACAAACAGAUUGCUUUGCGCUUCACCAAUUUCUCUUUGGAGAGUGCAGGUUGUAAAGGGGAUUAUGUAGAAAUCAGAGAUGGUGGUUAUGAGACCUCACCUUUACGUGGGAAAUACUGUGGAAAUACAUUGCCUCCAAUGACCAUCUCCCAUAGUAACAAACUAUGGAUAAAGUUUGUAAGUGAUGUAUUUGUCACCCGCACUGGAUUUUCAGCUUACUGGGAUGGAACGUCAACAGGUUGUGGAGGAACGCUUACAACUUCUUCUGGAAUCUUCAUGUCUCCCAACUACCCUAUGCCCUACCACCACAAUGCCGAAUGCUACUGGCUGCUGCAGCCAAGUCACGGAAGCCCCUUGGAAAUCCAGUUUGAUCAAUUCCAUCUAGAGUCUCACACAAGAUGUCAAUAUGAUUACCUUGAGGUCUAUGAUGGCAACAGUACCAAUGCUAAGAAGCUGGGUAAAUUUUGUGGAAAUCUGAUUCCACCCACAAUCCGCUCUACUGGGGAUAGUUUGUAUGUAAAACUAAGGUCAGAUGUUUCUUUAGGAGGUGGAGGUUUCCUUGCUCAUUAUAAGCAAAUUUGCCAGGGAGUUGUAAUAGCUAACCGUAGCUGGGGCAUUUUGGAGAGUUUAAACUAUCCCAGUAACUAUCCUGCAAAUGCUUAUUGCAACUGGACCAUCCAAGGGACAUCUGGAAACACCCUCAACUACAGCUUUCCGGCACUGAGUGUGAAGGGAGGCACCAACUGUGAACGUGACAAUGUAAAGCUUUAUGAUGGGCCUAACCUGAUAGGCACUUUCUGUGACAACACGGAUCUCCCAUCUGGAGGCACCCUAAGUUCUCGUCUACAUGUUGUGUUCUCUUCUGACAAUGUAGUUGAAUCUUCUGGGUUCCAGAUGCUGUGGCAGGUAAAUGGUUGUGGUGGAGAACUCAGUGGGACGUCUGGAUCUUUCCAUAGCCCUGGAUACCCUAACAAGUAUCCCCACAAUAGGGAAUGUCAUUGGUUUAUUCACACAGCCCCAGGCAGCAGCAUCCAACUCACCAUUGUGGAAUUUGAUAUUGAGUACCAUCCAAGUUGCAACUUUGAUGUUCUGGAGAUCUAUGGUGGACCUGACUUUUCUUCACCCAGGCUGGCCCAGCUUUGUGUCCCAAGAUCUCCUUCGAAUCCUCUCCAUGUCUCGAGCACUGGUAAUACCAUGGCAGUCCGAUUCAAAACAGACAGAUCUUUGAAUGGAAAGGGGUUCAAUGCAACGUGGCAAGAGAGAGCUGGAGGAUGUGGAGGAAUUUUCCAACUUCCACAUGGUGAAAUCCAUUCUCCCAACUAUCCUCAGGCUUACAGCAACAACACAGACUGCUCUUGGCUCAUCCAGGUCGAGAGUGGCCACCAUGUUCUGCUGAACUUCACAGAUUUUGACCUAGAAUCUCAUCGCACAUGCAGCUAUGACUAUGUUUCAGUCUUUGAUGGGCCCAGUAGUGAUGCUCCACUUCUUCGAAAAGUCUGUGGUGGGCAGCGGCCUUCUCCUGUAGCAUCCACCCUAAAUACCAUGUUUGUCCGCUUUCGGUCAGACAGCAGCAUCCAUCACAGUGGCUUCCGUGUUCGUUUUGCUGAAGCAUGUGGAAGUGUCUUAGAAGCUGAUUCAGUUGGUUCAGCCAUUUCCUCUCCUCUGUAUCCAGCCAGUUACCCAAACAAUCAGAACUGUAGUUGGAUUCUGCGGGCCCAGGAGCCAUUCAACCACAUCACAUUGUCAUUCACUGAUUUUGCAACUGAAGACCUCAGGCGUAAUUGUACCACAGAUUAUGUGGAAAUUCGAGAAGGGGACAAUUAUGAUGCACCUCUGCAAGGGCGAUACUGUGGCACCACUAUGCCGCAUCCCAUCACUUCUUUUGGCAGAGCUUUGUCCCUCAGCUUCAUCUCUAAUAAUGCUGCUACUGCUAAAGGGUUUCAUGCUACUUUUGCCGCAUCAACAUCUGCCUGCGGGGGUAUCUUCCAUAUGGAGAGAGGAGCCUUCAACAGUCCCAAUUUUCCUGAGUCCUAUCCGCUGAACAUUGAAUGUGUCUGGAACAUUCCAGGCUCCCCUGGCAACCGGCUCCAGCUGUCUUUCACGGAAUUUCAGUUGGAAGAAAGUGUAAGCUGUGCCAAGGACUACCUAGAAAUUUGGGAAGGUAGCCAGCUGAUGGGGCGAUAUUGUGGAAACUCCUUACUGAUGAAUCGUACAACUAUCAUCGCUUCACAGUUUUUGCGGGUUAAAUUAGUCUCGGAUGGCUCAGGCAGUGGAUUGGGCUUCCGGGCCACAUUUGCUCACUUGUUUGGAAAUAGCAUUGUGGGAAGUAGUGGACAAAUUGCCUCCCCGCUCUGGCCUAGAAACUACCCUCAUAAUUCCAACUACCAGUGGACGAUAACUGUGAAUGCAACCCAGUUGAUUCACGGGCAGCUCCAACAGAUGGAUAUUGAGGCGUUUAGCAGCUGCCGCUACGACAAGCUGAAGGUCUAUGAUGGCCCCAACAUACACUCGCGUCUCAUUGAAGUAUACUGUGGUGUAACCCUUUCUUCAUUCACUUCCUCUGGAAACUCUGUUACUCUGCAGUUCAUCUCUGAUUUUUCUAUAAAUGGAAAGGGUUUUCUUUUGGACUGGUAUGCCAUGGAAGCUCCUACAGACAUUGGACAGACCGUUCCUACAGGUGCCUGCGGAGGUGUAGCAAUAGCCAGCAAUGCACCGUUGUUCCUGUUCUCACCAGGGUGGCCCUCAGACUACAGUAAUAUGGCAAACUGUACCUGGGUUAUCCGAUCGCGAAGCUCAACAGUGGAGUUCAACAUCCUGGCUCUAGACAUUGAGACUCAUGGCGGCUCCUGCAACUAUGAUAAACUUGUUUUCAGAGACGGAGACAACAGUUUAGCACCUGUUCUGUCCACUGAAUGUGGCCGUGAAAUUCCUGGACCAAUAAGAUCAACUGGGGACUCUAUGUUCAUUCAGUUCACUUCAGAUGGAAGUGUCACUGGUGCUGGGUUUAAUGCUUCUUUCCACAAGAGUUGUGGUGGCUACUUGCAUGCAAACAGAGGUGUGAUCACUUCACCAAACUAUGGCCAAUCCUAUCCUCCUAACCUUAAUUGUUCCUGGCAUGUUUUGGUUACUCCUGGCUUCAUCAUUGGUGUACAUUUUGAAGAACCAUUCCAGGUGCUGAAUGAAGAUUCUUUCUGCAGCCAUGGAGAUUAUGUUGAGCUUAGAAACGGACCAGAUCUCUCUGCCCCACCACUUGGACCCAAUGGAGGGAAUGGGCGGUUUUGCGGUAGCAGUUCCUUUUCUACCAUGCAUACCUCAGAUAAUCAGCUGUUUGUCCACUUCACUUCUGACAGCCAUAACGGAGGACAGGGUUUCAAACUCAAGUAUGAAGCAAAGGGUCUGGCUUGUGGAGGGAUUGUCUACGUUAGUCAGCCCAACCCCUCUGGAUAUAUCUCUUCACCCAACUAUCCUGGAAAUUAUCCACCACAUGCUGAUUGUGUCUGGACGGUAACUGUUCUCUCUGGAGAGGCUGUGGAGCUCAAGUUUGAAGAUCAGUUUGACAUUGAACCUUCGCCCAACUGCACAUUAAGUUACCUCGAAUUACGAGAUGGAGCUGACUCCAGUGCACCUCUUAUUGCGCAACUCUGUGGAAAUUCUCUGCCAGCCAUUCAGAGAUCUUCUGGAGCUACUCUAUAUAUGAGAUUUCGGUCUGACAGUACAGAUACACGGGCUGGGUUCAAUGCCAAGUAUUCAAGAGCUGCAUGUGGUGGAACCCUGACAGGGCAGAGCGGGCUCAUCAAAAGUCCUGGAUUUCCUGAUCUUCAUUAUCAAGACAGUUUACUGUGUGAAUGGUUCCUCCGUGGACCCAUGGGUCAUUAUCUUUCCAUUAGCUUUGAAGCACUAGAUAUCCAGAACUCAACAGAGUGUGCAAAUGACUAUUUGGAAAUUCGAGAACGUGAUACGUCAGGGGAUUUAUUAGGUAAAUACUGUGGUGCUACUAUACCUGGUACCUUGGACACACCUGACAAUCUGGCUUAUAUCAAGUUUGUUACGGAUGACUCUGUAAAUGCACCAGGCUUCAUGCUGCGUUUUGCUGCUAGUUUUCAAGCAUGUGGAGGUGAACUCCGAGGCACUGCUGGGACAUUUACUUCCCCGAACUAUCUGAAUCCAUCUCUGCAUAAACUCAAGUGUGAAUGGAGAAUUGUGGUACCUUUGGGACGACGGGUCACCCUAACUAUUAGUGACAUGAAUUUUGGAUUCAGCCAGAAUUGUAGUUCAGAUUAUGUGGCUAUUCACAAUGGUGUGGGAGAAAAUACUCCCAUGAUAUCUAAACUGUGUGGUGUGGUGAAUCCAGGCACUCAGGUGAAAUCUUCAGGAAACAAGAUUACAGUAAUUAUGGUAACAAGCCACAAUGAAGCAGAGGGAAGUUUUAGGAUUGCAUAUGCUUCUGAGGAAGACGCAGUGUGUGGUGGACUCCUACUCAGUUCAAAGGGUGGCAACCUCACUUCUCCUGGCUUUGAUGGUACCAGCAAUUAUUCAAACAAUCUGAACUGUGAAUGGGUCAUCCAAAAUCCACAUCCAUCUGUCACAACCAUUCACCUUUCCUUUGGACAUUUCAACUUGGAGGAGCACAUUAAUUGCCAGAAUGACUACUUGGAGAUUCGACUAGGAGAUGCUGAUGGAGAGCUCUUGUACAGGCUGUGUGGCUCCAGAGUACGUCUCGAGCCUCUACUGAUAGCAGCUCCUCAGAUCUGGAUGCAGUUUUUGAGUAAUGCUGAAAACACAAACCGAGGAUUCUUCAUCCGCUAUUCAUCUGCAGCCUGUGGAGGUGUACAGGAAGCUGAAAGUGGGAUUAUAUCCAGUCCUAAUUACCCACAGCCUUACAACGGUUCUAGUCAUUGUUCCUGGCUCUUGGUAGCACCAGAAGGACAUACCAUAAAUCUUACUUUUGUCGCCUUUGAAGUCGAAAGGGACACCAGCUGUCGCUGGGACUCAGUCACCAUCCUGAAUGGGGGAUCUCUUAGCUCUCCUAUCAUUGGACGGUAUUGUGGAAGUACAUCACCUGGCACCAUUCAGUCAGGCUCCAAUAAACUACUAAUAAAUUUUAAUUCAGACCACUCUGUGCAGGGAGAUGGUUUCUAUGCAACAUGGACUGCAGAUUCUUUAGGAUGUGGUGGUAUCCUUCAUUCAGAAAAUGGUACCAUCCGUUCUCCUAACUGGCCACGUAACUUCCCUAGCAACAUCAGGUGCACGUGGACAAUAAUUGCUCAUGAAAGCAAACAUCUGGAAAUGAUGUUUGAUGAGAACUUCCAGAUUCCAGAUACUAAUGGGCAGUGUCAGAGCAGCUAUGUGAAGGUGCUGAGAGGAAGCAAUGAAGAACAAGAAGAUGCAGUUUUAGCUUCUGGGUGUGGAAAUUCAGCUCCUGCAUCUGUUAUUGCCCCAAGAAAUGUGAUAACAAUAUUGUUUCAGUCACGAGACAGCCCUGGACAAGGCUUUUCCACAUCUUAUAUAAGCAGGUGCGGAGCAAAUUUCACUGCUCAAUCAGGACAAAUUGUCUCUCCUAACUUUCCCCGCCAAUACGACAACAACCUGAAUUGCAACUAUAUCAUACAUGUGAAACCCCAGUCUGUUGUCCUCUUGCAGUUUGAAAGUUUUGAUUUGCAACCUCCUGGAAUGUUAGGAAUAUGUUAUGAUGGAGUGAAGAUCUUCAAAGGGAACAGAGUUAAUUUAUACCCUGUGGAAACCAUUUGUGGUAAUGAAAUCCCUGAGCCUGUCAGCAUCUUUGGUCCCACACUACUGAACUUCUACACAGACUCUCACACUGUUGGCAUGGGUUUUUUGGUGACCUACAGUAUAAUCCCUUGUGGUGGUGUUUUCAAUCACUCAGUGGGCACAAUAAGCAGCCCAGCCCAUUCCAUUUCUGAUUACCAUCACAAUAUGAAUUGUUCAUACCAUAUCAUCGUUGGAAGAAACAAGAUUGUGGAACUCAAAUUCAACAGCUUCCAGCUCGAGGCCUCUUCAUCUUGUUGCAAAGACUACAUCACUGUGUACGAUGGCCCGGACACACUUGCUCCACUUCUUGGCAAAUUCUGUGGUGCUGCUCUUCCUCCCACAAUCAGGACUUCCGCAAACAACUUAUUCCUGGUGUUCACAACUGAUCUCUUGGAAGCAGCUGGUGGAUGGAAUGCAUCUUUCAGAGAGACAAUAGGUCCUCAACAAGGUUGUGGUGGUUAUCUGACAAACUCCAGUUACACCUUUGGCUCUCCAGACUCCAACAUGGAUGGCAAAUAUGAUAAAGAUCUGGAAUGUGUGUGGACUAUUGUUACACCUGGAAACAGACUCAUCAACCUCACAUUCAACACUUUCGAACUUGAAGCAGCAUUUUUUCAAAGCUGUCGAUAUGACUACGUCAAACUGUAUGAUGGCAGUAAUGGAAAUGCCACUUUAGCGGGCACAUUUUGCGGCUCCAACAUUCCAGCUCCUUUUCUUUCUACUGACAGCUUCUUGACUAUUAAGUUUGUCACUGACAGGUUUAUAGAAAGAGCAGGUUUCACUGCUACCUACACUAUGGUGGAUAGACUGUGUGGAGGUACAUAUAAUGCAACUUCUGUCUCCCAAACUGUGACAUCACCCUACUUUCCACAUGCCUAUCCUCCAUUUACUGUCUGUAGAUGGGUAAUUGAUGCCCCUCCUGAACAGCAAGUCAAGCUAGUAGUACAGGAAUUCCACCUCCAUUCCAGUCAAGACUGCUCUCGGAAUUAUCUGGAGCUCCAGGACUUCCCACUGAGCAAUCAAGAACAUGCUAACCGUGUCCACAGGUUCUGUGGAGCCGAAAACUUUACGAUUCCUGAAUUUUAUUCUUACCGACGAACUGCCAUUAUAAUUUUCAGAUCAGAAGCUUAUAUGACUAACAAUGGACUCAGCUUCUCCUAUAAAGCUUCAGGCUGCAGCAGGGAAUACAAUCAGUCAUUUGGCUACCUGAAAAGCCCAGGCUGGCCUGAUUCUUAUCCUAAUAAUUUGAAUUGUACCAUUAUUCUACGAGCCCCGGAAAAUCACACCCUCUCUCUCUUUUUCACUUCUUUUAAUCUAGAGGACUUUGGAUGUCAGAAUGACUUCUUAGAGGUCAGAAAUGGUAGCGAUGCAAGUUCUCCGCUGCUUGGCAAAUAUUGUGGAAGCACCCUACCUAACCCUGUCUUUCCUAGAAACCAUGUUAUAUAUCUAAAUUUCAUAAGUGAUGUCUUACUUUCUCGUCAUGGAUAUGAGAUUUCCUGGACUUCAUCACCAACAGGAUGUGGUGGCACCUUAUAUGGUGAGGCUGGUUCAUUAACUAGCCCAGAGUACCCAGCAUCUUAUCCUAAUCAGACAGACUGUGAAUGGGUCAUCAAAGCCCCCAAAGGACGUAUUGUCACCAUAAACUUUGUUUUCAUCAGUAUCGAUGACCCAGGUGAUUGUACUAGGAACUAUUUGAUACUCUAUAAUGGACCAGACAGUAGCCAUCCACAGAUCGGACCAUACUGUGGAACGGACACAAACAUUGAUCCAUUUUCUGCUGCGUCACAUCAAGUAUUUAUCAAAUUCCAUUCUGAAUACAUAACUUUGCCGUCGGGAUUUCGGCUAACUUGGAACAGCUAA